CAUGUGUUGGUGUGAAGGUAUCUAUUAUUCCUAAGUGAAAUAAGCCUGUCUUUGGCUCAGAAGUCUCUUCUCUCAGUCUCUCAGCAUCAUAUCUGACACUGUGAAUCUGUGCAAUUCAUUAACUGAUGAUCUUGAUCAUCUAGAUGUAUUGUACUGUGUGAUCUUAAAUGACCAGAUCUGAGACUAGGUAUCAGUUUCCCCUCCUCUACCUCCGCUUCCUUGUCAUCCUGCUCUUUUAUUGAAUGAACCAUCAUCACUUCACGCUAUGCCUCAUUUCUGACUUUCUGUCUUAAUAAAAUAUACACGUGUCCAUACUAGUAACACAACUAAGAGAUGGUGGACAGAAUCCAGAAUCCUCAUUCAGUGUAAACAUACUAACAGCUGGCCUGACAUGAGGUCACAUCCUCUGUCCAUCACACAGGCCAGGAUAUGUGUUGCCAACCUAUUGCACAGAACUCACACUUUGAAAACAGUAUGUUUCAAACUCUUUAAUAACAAUAACCCUGGAGAUGUCAUCCAGGUUAUCUUGCUCCACUUGGAAAUAACACAUCCUGUGGUUACACGCUGGGAGCGUGGAGUCAAAGAUGACAGGGUUGAUCUAUAAUCUAUGAAUACUUAUCCUUGCCAGUACUGGGUCUAAAAAUCCACAACAUGUUGGCUUGUAUUUAUUUUAUUUUCUUCUUUCUGAAUAUUGUCAAGAAUAAAUGAUACUACUUUAAGAGAAAAGGGAGCACAGACAUUCAUGUUCAUAUGUAGAUCAUACACACAAACAGAAAUCCAGUGUAAUAACGAUGAUAUGUCUGUAUGUGUUCCACAUGUGUUCUUAUGUGUUGGCUCUUAUGAAUGAGCCAGCCUACCAUAAUGCCAUUAUAUGAAUAACAUACAUUUGAUCCAGUUGUGUUACCAUACUUUUCUGUGUACAUUCGUAGCUUUCUGUCGCGUUUCAUCAUAACAAACGGCAUCCCAGGGUUCUUCUCUGUUUAUCGGGACUUUUGGCCCGGUCCGGUUACUAUCCAGGCCAGAGGUGGCCUCUGGGAUUGCAGUCUUCUGUAAACAUUGAGUGCUGUGAGGAAACAAGCGGUAGGACUCCAAAGUCCGGCAGGCUCAGCGCGUGGAGGGCUUUUGUUGUAGCCGCUCUCGGUGUUCGCGAGCGUCCACUGGCGUCAGUCCACGAGCGCUAAUCUGACAACCGCGCGGAGCCCGCGUUGCCCGCGCGGAGCCCGCGUUCCCCGCGCUCCGUCACUUUACAGAUUGACGCUUUGUAUCCAGGUCAGCCCCGCAGCACCGCGGCGACACCCGCCAACGAGCCCUGCUCCCAGUGUUUACUUCUCCGGCAUGUCUUCUCCAGCCACGGGAAAGUAAUGUUUCGGUGUACCGAGGAGCCUUUUGUGAGAAAUAGACUGAGAAAGCACCAUGUUUGUCCGACACAUAUUCAAACUGCUGUACGGGUGAUGCACUAGCUAAGCGCAGUCACAACACUACAACAGCUUCCUCUCGCGGGCACCGAGCUGUUGUCGACGAUUUGCAGAGCGUCUGCGGCUCCAUGAUGGCGAUGUUCCGGAGCUUUGUCUCGGCGAGCACACAGCUCCGCCAGCAGCAGCAGCAGCAGCAGCCCCCCAACAGCGGCUCGGGCUCGCUGGCAGCCCCGGCGGAGGGCAUCGAGAGCCAGUUCUCUUGUCCCAUCUGCCUGGAGGUGUACCAUAAACCCGUCAGCAUCGCCAGCUGUGCUCACACGUUCUGUGGGGAGUGUCUGCAGCCAUGUCUUCAGGUGACCUCGCCCCUCUGCCCUCUCUGUCGUGUGCCCUUUGACCCCAAGAAAGUGGAGCGCUCCUCCAGUGUGGAGAAGCAGCUGGCCUCAUACAAAGCACCCUGCAGGGGCUGUAGCAAGAAGGUGGCUCUGGUAAAGAUGAGGUCCCACAUUGCAUCCUGUUCUAAAGUACAGGAGCAGAUAGCCAACUGUCCAAAGUUUGUCCCUGUGGUACCCACCUCCCAACCUAUACCAAGCAAUAUUCCAAACCGGUCCACAUUUGUGUGUCCGUUCUGUGGGGCCAGAAAUCUGGACCAGCAGGAACUGGUGAAGCACUGUAUGGACAACCACCGUAAUGACCCUAAUAAAGUGGUGUGUCCAGUGUGUUCAGCCAUGCCAUGGGGAGACCCCAGCUAUAAGAGCUCCAACUUCCUCCAGCAUCUCCUCCACAGACAUAAGUUCUCUUAUGACACCUUCGUUGACUACAGCAUCGAUGAAGAGGCAGCACUGCAGGCAGCUCUGGCACUGUCACUGGCUGAAAACUGACACCACCGCCACCACCAUCCUCUCACUGUUAGCACCAACUCCACCACUGCUGUUUUUCCUCCAUGGCUCAGAAGGUAGCAUCCAGCCACAACAGACACACCCGCCCCGUGGGAUUCACACAGUCUCUCACUCCCUUUUCACGCCAAGGAUGUUUUUCUAUGUUUGGAGGUUAUGUUCUCUGCAUCAUUUCAAUUUGAUGCUUUCAAGACAAAAACAUCGUGUAGGUUUGGAAUGUAUCCAGUGACUGUAUGAGGAUCAACUAAAAACACAAACACACAAUCACACGUUGAAUUUACAAGUCUCAACCCAGAGUCCAUCCACUGAGCUGCAGUUCACCUGACAGCUGCCCUCUGGACCAGCACAUAUGAAGAAUCCUGACACCCCCGUCAGCAGUUCGGGUCCUGGACCACUAGUCACUGACUGCUGGCACUCGCUAUGAGUAACUUAGUCUGAGAUAUAGUGAGUGGUGACACAGUAACUAGCCCACUAGAGCUAAUUAGGAAGCAGACAAACAACGAUAUAAAACAAAGUGAAUCAAUAGCUCUGUCAUCUAUCAGUCAGUAUGUGCCAUUUGCACUUAGCAGACAUCUUUUGAUGGUCAUGGAUGGUCGAUAGAUGAGAGCAGGAGGUGUGCAACCCUUUGUCUGCUGUGAGCUUGUCAAACUGAGAUAUACACGUCAUGUUAAGGAAAAUCAGAAUGACACACGUAUUGAAAAAUGUGCACAGAAGUCUGCAUAAAAAGGCUUUUAAAUAAAACCUCAGUGACCUCUCAGUCAGUUUCUUCAGGUCAGCCAGCUGUUCGCUCAUCCUCGUUUCUCCUGCAGUCAAGCGUUAACGUGCUGGUGACUCGACAAUUACAGAAAAGAAACUACAGCUAUAAAUGCUGAGUCACCCUUAGUUUGGUGUUACUGACGGUCAGGACAGGUCUCUGACGUGAUGUGUUUGUGGCGUUUGUUAUUCGUUGUGUGUGUACAUUGCAGGUUGGGGGGCAGGGUUUAGGGGUGUUGGGGAAAUGCUGGGAACCUGUGAGUGGGGUAGAGGUGAGAGAAGAAGCAUCAUGCAUGGAGAGUCUAAUGCUGGAUUUUCAUGUCCUGCGCUCCUUCCAUCAUCUGCCCUCACAGCCUCACUAGGGUAACCUAGGGGAGGUUCAUGAUAUCGGUGUGUUGAGAUGACUGAUGGAGGCUUUCUAAUGACCUCCACCUUUCAGUCCUGUUACUGCCAGCUUUGCACAUACUGCUGUAUCGCAGCACUGUGGAACUGAAGGCCUCUGUCCCUCUCCAAAAUAUAUUAGACAUAUGCAGCAUAUAUUUCAUGUUUGCUGCUGCAUCAGAAAGAACUGAUGGCUGAGUAAGUUACAAAUGACAUCAGCAUAAUAUUUCCAUCACCAUUUAGGAGAGACUUGGAGCCUCAUAUGGACACAUCCAUGCAAUGAAGUGAAAAUUUCUUCAUCAUUUUUUGUUUUUAUUUCAGUUUAUUUUUGAUUGUUUAAAGGUUCAGUGUGUGAGAUUGAGAUGGCUCUAUUUACACAAUGUGGCAGACAUGUGAUAUGAUAAAAAAAAAACUGUUUUCAUUAGAAGGGACAAACUAAGCUCUGUCUUCAAAUUAGCGAUAUGCAUUUUUCUCACAUUUCGUGGCUCACCGUAGUUUCUCAUUCUUCACAAACUGCAAUGAUGCCACUAGAAGCUGUUAAAUCCUUCACACUGCUACAUUAAACAUGUCUGUCUUUAUUAGUGUCAGUUCGAUGUUCUUUUUAUAAUAUGGGGCGAGCUUUAAAAAGUUCAGAACAUGUAUUACAAUAAUACACACAAGUAGACAUCCUAGUCUGAGUUUUUAUUUCUCAAAUGUUUUUUCACACCUGCUUUAAGUUUGUAGUUUAGUUUCAGGUCACUUUGUUAACUUUGCUGCCCACGUCCACAGGGGUCUGUGCGAACUGUCUGUGUCUGUGUCAGUAUAUACAAAACUGUGUCCACUGUCCACGUCUCUGUUGGACUCUGUCGGGCCCUCUGUAAUCUCUAGACAUGAUUGUCUGUGAAAAGUGUUGUGGAGGCUUCAGGUGGGCACAGUGGUGGUAGUGUGUCAGGUCAGUGUUCAGGUCAGUGAAUGGCAGGUUUGUCUCAUCACUGCUGUGAAAGAUUGAAUUCAAAGCGUGUUCAUCGGUGGCUGAAAAUACAUCAUGGUCUGUCAACUGGAUUACAGACCAGCUGGACUCUUUGGUAGAGUGACCCUCCGGAAAGAGCCAAAUAUGGAAGUGUUGAAUGUAACAGAGCUGUCAGAGACAGACAGCCAGCUGACAUCCAAACCUGUGGGAAAAGCUGAGUGUGCUCCCGGUCAGCGGCCUCUCCUCUUUACUGUGACGCCGAACUUAGUUUCAAACGUCCCGAUAAUGAAUUGGUAUUUCAGCCAGAAUAAUUCUGACACGGCGACACCUGAAGGAAGCUUCAGAGAGUGACAUCUCAUCUGUGCCCAUCCAUCACUGUCCACACCAGCCUCAGAGACCUGAAGAGACUUCAAAGCUUCAUGUGCAGCUGGAACUGAUCAAACUGCAGCUCGUUUGUUACAUCCCACAAUGCCCAUAAUACCACCAUGAACUCCAUAGUAUGUCAGUAUUUACAAUAACAGGCCUGAGCGCCCUGUCACCACUCUUUUUUAUUCAUGUCAAUAUUUGCACUUAUUCUUUUCUACCGGAAUGAUCCGUGGAUAUUAGCUGGAAAGAAAACCCAUAAAGAAAGGACGUGCUGGAUCUGACCUCCACGUUACUGUUCUCUGCUUCUUCACGUCUCGCUACAAGGAAUAUUUUUAUGAUUCAUCUGCCAAGAUAUACAAGUAUAAAAAGAUCUAUUUUUGGAAAAACCACUGGACUAAUAUCAGACAUGUCUCUGCAAACACUCUGGAACACUGAAGGUAUCAAACUUGAAUACACACACCCACAGGAAACAGGACUCGAGAGAAUGUUUUCUAUAGUUUGACCAGUAGGUGGCGCUCCUCCUCCAGACGUGCAGAGCCAUGCUGAUACCAUCAAGCAUCGAAGUCAUGCUUUCUGUUGUGGAGAACAUAGAAGAGUUCAUGUUUCCACAGGAGGAUGCAUCCAUCAUUUGCACUUUAAUUCACUCUGUUUUUUACAGAUAGUUGGAAUUCUAUUUGUAUAAUCUUAAGAAUUGUUUAAUGAUUUUGCUAUUAAUUGAAUUUCAUUGAGUUUUGUUAAAACAAAAAAAAGUGUAGGAGGUGUUGGGGUUUUGAAGUUCUUAGAUUUGUUUGUGUGACUUCAUUUAAAUGAAUAGCAUGUGCCACGUCUUUUCUUCCAGUGUUGUCUUUGUGGUCCAAAUAAUUUGAGAACGUUCUUUAUGCAACAGCACAGUGAGAAGAAUCCUACAGAGGAGAACAUGAGUCACAUUUUACGUCCUGUAAAACUGUGUUUAAUCAGCUUGAACGAUGGACAGUGGCUGAUGUGACGGGUCCAAUGCACCACUACUCAAAAUCAGCUUCAGGUCCAGUCUGAACAAUAUUAAAGAAAAAAAAAGUGUUUUAUUUCAGGAUGUAGGAAUAAUAAUAUAACCUGUGUUCAAACUCUCUAAAAAGAAAUUUUCCUACAUAUCUCACUCAAAAUAUAAAAAAGUCAAAAAAAAAAAAAAUGUUCCCAUGAAUCAAAGCUGUUUUUAUAUUUGAGUAGAUGUCGCCCCCCUCGCCUCACACAAACACAGUCAUCUCUUCUGUUUGUUGUUGUUAAAUUCAUGUUAUAAUAGCAAUCUUUUCUAAAUGCUUGUUACCUUCUUACCUCUGUGGCAGAGCUGCUCACUUCUUCUGUUUGUGGACUCCAUGUUUUAUCUGCUUCUCUCUCCACUCAUGUGUUUUCCAGGACGUGUAAAUAAUGUUUGUUUUUGUGAACCUACUCGUCACUGAUGAUCUUUAAAGGUAGCCGGACACGUUACAGUAGCUCCACACUCACAUGCACACACACAGAAUCCUGUGGGGUUUUCUAAAUGACGGCAAAGACUGUGUGAACAGUAUGUGAUGCAAACAUUGAGGUGCAUGAAAACUGGGUUUAAGAAUUGGUUCCUGUUAUUUUAGGCUGCUCUUUUUAGACAGGCGGUUUGCAGUGUGCUCGGGUUCAGUCUGGUUGAACUCUGGGAUUUGCUCUGCACCGUGCUUUGCUCAAAAAUUGCUGUGGUGUGGCACAAGCCAUUAGACAGAAUGGGUGUCAGAGCACAGUGAUACUGCUGUUGUGUUGUGUCUGAAAGGACAAAGGAACUCAGAACUCACACUGCCUCCCUCUGUUAAUGUAGUUAUUGGUCGCUGUCAUUAUUUCUUCUCUCCAUACUGGCUACGUAGCAUUACACUACCCGGCAAACACACACAUGUAGUAGAAACUAACGUGAGGCUGUAGCAGAGUGAGUUAGCCGAAUCAUGCUUGUAUCAUGAGGCCAUGUGAAAGCAGAACUUCUAGGUUCUGUUCAAGAAGUAAAAGAACAUCAUUUAAAAUGUCAUUGGUGAAUAAUAACUAUACUGUGGAAGACUCAAGACUGGCCUUGAGUCUUUCCCACAGUAUGUUGCAUGUUUAGAUUAGGACAAAACAUUUUUGGAAAAUGAUCCAUAUUCAUAUUUUAAGCAGCCUUUAACGCCACUUUCUGACAUAUUGAUGGGUUAAAUGUCACGGCUAGACAGGAGAGGAUGACACAUGUCUGUAA